AUGCCUUCCCCAAGCCGCACCAACCGCUUCCAAUCCUUCACCCCCCUGCGCAGCACAUCCGGCUCCCUCCGCCGCCUCAAGACCGCCUUCAGCCCCACCCGCAACUCUCUGCGCUCGGCAUCGCCCUCCUCCAUCUUCACCUCCAGCACCACAUCGCCGCUGACGCGCAACUCGUCACCACACAGCCACCGCUCCUCCGGCUCUUCCAUCCGCCAACUCCUCGCCGUGCGCCGCAAGCCCAGCGUGUACGAGUUCGAAAUGGAAGAGGAGAAGCACUUGUUCGAAACCGAACUCGAUGUCCUCGAGCCGAGACCGAGCAUGGGUCGCGGCGCGAGUGAGGUGCAUGUUGUCGGCAUCUUUGAGGUGUUGGACGGGAAGUGCUAG